CCUGCUUGCAACAAUUGUUGGAUUGGAACGUCAAUAUUCACUUUAAAUGACAAAGUUCAACACACGAGAUAACAACCGAUAACAUGUGGAUAUAUGUAAACUAGAUAUCACUAGUAAUUGCCUGCUUUUGUUUGAUUUUGGUUGUGGUGUUUGCUGUUUGUGUGAUUUAUUCAGCAAGUGCCCUCAUUCGAAAUGGCGUCCGGCGAACUAAUUGAUCUACCCAUCAUCGACUUUGCAAAGGCCAAGACUGACAGAGAGGAGCAGGCCAAACAAAUAGUUGAUGUCUUAGAAAGCGUUGGAUUUGCAUUCAUCGAUAACGUACAAGGCAUAGAUUUCAAGGGUUUAUGGGAUUGCUGCCAGUGGUUCUUCGCAAAACCCACGGAUUUUAAGAGAAAAAUUAUGCGACAGCAGUGGAAUCCGGAAAGCUCCAAUAUUUACCGAGGAUACUUUCCGGUAGUUCCCGGAGAACCGAGUAGAAAGGAGGCUUUUGAGUUUGCUCGAGACGUGAAAGAAGAUGAUCCGACUGUUUCGAAAUCGAACUGGUUUUAUGAGAAAUCCACUUGGCCGGAAGAAGAUGGAACUUUACCAUUCAAGGAAUUCCUUCAGGGACAGUACGAAUUCAUGCACGAAGCCUGUAUGGAAUUGCUUCGACUGUGCGCAAUCGGACUUGGCAUUCCCGAGGAAUCGUUUACGGAUCUUUUUAAUCCAAACCCUUGCUCAACUUUUAGGAUACAGCACUACCCACCGUGGGUAGGGGAGCCACCGGCAAUUGCCAGGCUCGAAGAUGGAAAAGUGGUGACAACACCGGAACACACGGACUCGGACUUCAUGACCCUUCUGACGCCGUUUCACUUUGGUGGUCUUGAGGUCAUGCAAGCCAAUGGAACGUGGGCCGAAGUGAAGACAAGACCCGGAAGUCUGAUUAUGAACAUUGGCGACACCUUCUCGCGAAUGCUUGGGGGACGUUUCAAGGCGACUCGUCAUCGAGUCCUGGAUAUCGGAGAGGGCAGAUAUUCUGUUCCGUUUUUCCUUAGUCCCAAAUUUCACGGAGACAUCGGGAUAAAUUUCCUGUCGCAGUAUACGAAAGAGGGUGAUGCGCAUGUGCCCGAGAGAUUCGGACCAUGGGUUCUGUACACGAUGAAGCACAAGAAGAAAUACUUUGAGUAUAAAGUUCUGCCUGAGAUCGAGGACGUUUAAUCGUAUUCAUUCUGAUUAAAUCUUAUUUAUUGUUUUUGGAUAUUAUUUAAUCAGAUUUCAUCUGAAUUAAUAUGAUUUUAUCUGAUUGAAGAUUAUUGAAUCUUUAUUACUCGUAUUUAAUCUGAUUGAAUCUGGCCAUGGAAUAAAUAUAUGAAUAUAUGACAUGACUGUGAAUCUUAAAGCCUCAGCAGGCAAUCUUUCCUUUGACUCUUGUGGUAAAUUCAAGACACACAGACACCUAUCAAAUAUUCUCUAUGUUUCAUGCAUCUCUACCAGGAUUAUGUAAUGUAUGAUCCUUUAGUCUUUGCAAUGCCUGACCAUGUAUGCAUCCGCAUUCUUAGUUAUUGUAUUAUCCACGACAGUACUAUAUUUUGCUAUAACACAAAUGAGAAUGUCGUACUAAGCGAAAUGACAACUUAUCUAUUUGCAGAUUCACUAACAGGAUAUAACCGAAUGUUCCUUACGUAAAACGUUUAUAUAUAUAUAUAUAUAUAUAUAUAUAUAUAUAUAUAUAUAUAUAUAUAUAUAUAUAUAUAUAUAAUGCUGAAUAUGUUCCCGUUACAUGAAUAGCUAUAGAUAUAAUGCUUAAUAUGUUCCCACUACAGGAAUAUCUAUAGAUAUAAUGCUGAAUAUGUCGCCGUUACACGAAUAGCUAUAGAUAUAAUGCUGAAUAUGUUCAUGUUACUUGAAUAUCUCUAUAUAUAAUGCUGAAUAUGUUCCCGUUACAUGAAUAGCUAUAGAUAUAAUGCUGAAUAUGUUCCCGCUACAAGAAUAGCUAUAUACAUAAUGCUGAAUAUGUUCCCGUUACAUGGAUAGCUAUAGAUAUAAUGCUUAAUAUGUUCCCGUUACAUGAAUAUCUAUAGAUAUAAUGCUGAAUAUGUUCCCGUUACAUGAAUAGCUAUAGAUAUAAUGCUGAAUAUGUUCCCGUUACUUGAAUAGCUAUAGAUAUAAUGCUGAAUAUGUUCCCGUUACAAGAAUAGCUAUAGAUAUAAUGCUGAAUAUGUUCCCGCUACAUGAAUAGCUAUAUAUAUAAUGCUGAAUAUGUUCCCGUUACAUGAAAAGCUAUAGAUUUAAUGCUGAAUAUGUUCCCGUUACAUGAAUAGCUAUAGAUAUAAUGCUGAAUAUGUUCCCGCUACAUGGAUAGCGAUUAUAUCAGAAUGUGUGUUUAAUAAGUCACUUUCCAUUAAUGAAGGGCUUCGGAUUAAAAUGAAGAUUCUCUACUGACGGUGGAGGUUUAAUGCAUGUG